AACGCAGGGCUAGGCUAAAGUAUCACCAGCUAAUGCAAAGGCCUCGACAAAUCCUGACAAAGAUCAGCCCGGGCCGGUGAUAUUGUAUCGUUUAUUAGUAUGUAGGUGUAUACAAAACGUUUAAAGGAGCAACUUGAAAUAAAGGACAUGGAUACUUGUUAAAACGACCCUCACUAAAGCGCUUGUAACGUCGUUAGCGCGUCAGGGUUAGGAGUUCACAGGAACAACAACAUGUUUUUGGAAACAUUGAUUAAUCAAAGUUUCCUGCUUUUGUUUUUACCGAGGGGGCUUUAGCUUCAGGUAUCUGAUCAUGUAGAUAAACGUGAUUACCGGUACACUGAAGCACACUAGUUCACAUCUGGACGGGGUUGUGUACGCAAUGCGACACCAGGUGUGUUUGAGCCAGCUCUGUUCUCAGGUGUUUCUCUGGUGUUUCUCAGGAAUAGGCAUUAUCUGACAUUAUGUCAGAUUUUAUUGAGAGUGAGGCAGAGGAAUCGGAGGAGGAGUUUGAGGAGAAGGACCUGAAGCCCAAGAAGACCCAGAGGUUUUUGGAGGAAGAUGAUGAAGAAGAAGAUGCUGACAACCCGGAGGAACAGGAUGAGCAUGGAAAUUUACGUGGUCUAAUUAAUGAUGGAGAUGAGGAAGCAGAGGAGGAGGAAGAAGAACAACCCAGGAGAAGUGGAAGUGCAAGUGGAGGGGCAAGCGAUUCAGAGGAAGAAGUGAGGCAUCGACGUAAAAAGCGUAAUUAUCACGAAUACCUGGACGAGGAGGAUCUCGAUCUAAUUGAGGAAAAUUUGGGUGUCAAAGUGAAAAGAAGGAAGAAGAAAUAUGACCGUGUAAAAACACUUGACGAUGACGAAGAAGAUGACGAUGAGAAGGAUUUGAUCGCUGAUGAGAUAUUUCAUGGGGAUGCUGAGGGUGAGCUGGAGGAAGGAGAAGCUGUCGAAGAGCCGCUCCCGCAAGCGGAUGAUGAUGAAGAAGGGGAGGAUGAAGAGUCAGAUAUAGAUGAUUUUAUUGUAGAUGAUGAUGGCCAGCCCAUCACCAAGAAGAGAGGCAAGAAGUUCUCAGGAUACACAGAUGCAGCCCUCCAAGAGGCCCAGGAAAUUUUUGGUGGGGACUUUGACUUUGCUGACUUUGAUGCUGACGCUUAUGACCAGGGUGAAGAGGAAGAAGAAGAUCAAGAUGAAGAGGGGUGGGACCGACCAAAGAAACAGACCAAGAGGAGGUUGGGGAGAAAGAGCAUUUUUGAACUCUAUGAGCCCAGUGAGCUGGAAAGCAGUCACAUGACUGACCAGGACAAUGAGAUCCGAACCACAGAUAUGCCCGAGAGGUUCCAGUUGCGAUCUAUCCCUGUCAAACCUGCUGAGGACGAUGAGCUGGAAGAGGAGGCAGAGUGGAUCUUUAGACAUGGCUUCUCCACUCUGACCAUCUCCAUGCAGGAAAGCACAGAUUACCUCGACAGAGGAACAACCACAAAUUUCAGCAGGAAAGGCCCCAGCACCAUUGCUAAAAUCAAAGAGGCACUCAAUUUCAUGAGAAAUCAACAGUUUGAGGUUCCGUUCAUAGCUUUCUAUAGAAAGGAGUACGUGGAGCCAGAACUAAAUAUCAAUGACCUGUGGAAGGUGUGGCAGUGGGACGAAAAGUGGACUCAGCUGAAGACCCGGAAGCAGAACCUGACCCGUCUAUUUCAGAAGAUGCAAUCUUACCAGUAUGAACAGAUCUCUGCUGAUCCUGAUAAACCUUUGGCUGAUGGCAUCCGCCCCUUGGACACUUCUGACAUGGAAAGGUUGAAAGAUGUCCAAACUCUUGAAGAACUGGGUGAUGUGUACAAUCACUUUUUGCUCUACUAUGGACGAGACAUCCCCAAAAUGCAGAAUGCUGCAAAAUCCACCAAGAAGAGGAUCAAAAAGAUCAAAGAAGUCUCGGAAUAUGGUGAAGAGGAGGAACUGGAAGUUGAAGAAGAGGAAGAACAGAAAGGCCCUGAUCUCAAGUUGGCAUCUCGUAGGGAUAUGUACAGCAUCUGUCAGAGUGUGGGACUUGAUGGCCUGGCUAAAAAGUUUGGAUUGACUCCAGAACAGUUUGGAGAGAACCUCCGAGACAGUUACCAGCGUCACGAGACGGAGCAAUUCCCUGCUGAGCCUUUAGAGCUGGCCAAAGAUUAUGUUUGCAGCCAGUUCUCCACCCCUGAGGCAGUGCUAGAAGGAACUAGGUAUAUGGUUGCCAUGCAGAUUGCUCGAGAACCUCUCGUCAGACAUGUUCUCCGUCAGACCUUCCAGGAGAGGGCCAAGGUCAACAUCAAACCUACCAAGAAGGGCAAAAAAGAAAUAGAUGAGGCUCAUUUUGCAUACUCCUUCAAGUACCUUAAGAACAAGGCUGUAAAGGAGCUGAAUGGUGAUCAGUUCUUGAAGAUGUGCCUGGCUGAGGAAGAGGGACUUCUGUCCAUUGACAUCUGUAUAGACCUAUUAGGAGUCAAAGGGUACGCUGGGGACCAGACAUAUUUUGAUGAGAUCAAACAGUUCUACUACAGGGAUGAGUUCAGUCACCAGGUGCAGGAGUGGAACAGACAGCGAACUCUAGCCAUAGAGAGAUCUCUCAAUCAGUUCCUCUACCCUCAGAUGGCCAAGGAGCUCAAAAGCAAACUGAUCGCUGAGGCCAAAGAGAGCAUUGUUAGGUCCUGCUGUCGAAGGUUGUAUAACUGGCUUAAAGUGAGUCCUUACAGGCCAGAUCAGCAGGUUGAGGAAGAUGACGACCUGAUGGAUGAGAGUCAGGGAAAAGGCAUUCGGGUGUUGGGAGUUGCCUAUGCACCUAGCAGAGAUACACCAGUUUUCUGUGCUCUGAUCAACGGGGAAGGAGAGGUGGUGGACUUUCUUCGUCUACCAUAUUUCAUGAAGAGGAGGAAUGCAUUUAGGGAAGAUGAGAGAGAGAAGAAGGCCAAUGAUAUUGAAAGUCUCAAGAAGUUUCUGUCCAGCAAGAAACCUCACGUUGUAGCUGUUGCUGGAGAAACCCGAGAUGCUCAAAUGAUCAUGGAGGAUAUAAAGAGGGCGGUCGGUGAACUUGAACAGGAGUCGUCUUUGCCUGCCGUUGGAGUGGAACUUGUUGACAAUGAAUUGGCAACACUGUACAUGAACAGCAAGAAGUCAGAGGCUGAUUUUAGGGAUUACCCUCCCUUGCUGCGACAGGCUGUUUCAGUAGCCAGGAAGAUCCAGGAUCCCCUGAUGGAGUAUGCUCAGGUCUGCAGCACUGAUGAAGACAUUCUUUGCCUCAAAUUACACCCGCUGCAGGAACAAGUGGUGAAGGAGGAUUUGCUUUGUGCUCUCUACUGUGAAUUCAUCAACCGUGUUAAUGAGGUCGGAGUGGACGUGAACAGGGCCAUUGCCCAUCCUCAUACCCAGAGCCUGGUCCAGUAUGUUUGCGGUUUAGGACCAAGGAAGGGUUCCCACCUGCUAAAGAUUCUAAAGCAAAACAACACUCGUCUAGAGAACAGAACGCAGCUGGUCACAAUGUGUCACAUGGGUCCCAAGGUUUUUAUUAACUGUGCUGGUUUCAUCAAAAUCGACACUGCAUCACUCGGAGACAGUACGGAUUCUUACAUAGAGGUUCUGGAUGGUUCUCGAGUCCACCCUGAAACAUACGAGUGGGCUCGCAAAAUGGCUGUUGAUGCCCUUGAGUACGAUGAGUCUGCAGAAGAUGCAAACCCCGCUGGGGCUCUGGAGGAGAUCCUGGAAAAUCCAGAACGUCUGAAAGAUCUGGAUCUGGAUGCCUUUGCAGAGGAGCUUGAGAGACAGGGUUAUGGCAACAAGGGAAUUACCCUGUAUGACAUCCGUGCAGAGCUGAGCUGCAGGUACAAAGACCUGAGAGUUGCCUACAGAGUCCCCAACACAGAGGAGGUCUUCAACAUGCUCACCAAGGAGACUCCAGAGACCUUUUAUAUCGGAAAAUUGAUCACAAGCAUUGUAACUGGUAUCGCUCACCGGCGGCCUCAAGGAGAGAGCUACGACCAGGCCAUCCGUAACGACGCUACAGGCUUGUGGCAGUGUCCUUUCUGCCAGCAGGACAAUUUCCCUGAACUCAGUGAGGUAUGGAAUCACUUUGACAGCGGCUCUUGUCCAGGCCAGGCCAUUGGGGUUCGAUCCAGAUUAGAUAAUGGUGUCCAGGGAUUCAUUCCCACCAAGUUUCUUAGUGAUAAAGUGGUUAAACACCCUGAGGAGAGGGUUAAGGUGGGCAUGACUGUUCACUGUCGUAUUAUGAAAAUCGACAUUGAAAAAUUCAGUGUUGACCUCACGUGCCGAACUUCAGAUUUGAUGGACAAAGGUAACGAGUGGAAGCUCCCUAAAGACAGCUACUAUGAUUUUGACAUGGAGUCUGAGGACCAGAAACACGACGAAGAGCUCAAGAAGAAACAGCAGCGAACACCGUAUAUAAAGCGUGUGAUCGCUCACCCCAACUUCCACAAUAUCAGCUUUAACCAAGCAGAAAAGAUGAUGGAGACCCUGGACCAGGGAGACUUGAUCAUCAGGCCCAGCAGCAAGGGAGAGAACCAUCUAACCGUCACCUGGAAAGUGGCUGAUGGAAUCUACCAACAUGUAGACGUGCGGGAAGAAGGCAAAGAGAAUGCGUUCAGCUUAGGACACACUCUCUGGAUCAAUAAUGAGGAGUUCGAGGAUCUGGAUGAAAUCACUGCUAGGUACAUUCAGCCAAUGGCAUCAUUUGCACGAGAUCUGCUGGGACACAAAUAUUUCCAGGAGUGCAACGGGGGAAGCAAGGAGAAAAUGGAGGAGGUAUUGGUCAGGAUAAAGAGGGAGAAGCCUACUUUCAUUCCUUACUUUAUUUCAGCGUGUAAAGAAUUGCCGGGGAAAUUCAUACUGGGCUACCAGCCUCGAGGAAAACCUCGGAUCGAGUAUGUGACCAUCACCCCGGAUGGCUUCCGCUACCGCUCACAGAUAUUCCCUACAGUCAAUGGACUAUUCCGAUGGUUUAAGGACCAUUAUCAAGAGCCAGUGCCAGGCAUCACUCCUUCCAACAGCAGCCGCACAAGGACACCUGCAUCCCUGAAUGCCACACCAGCUAAUAUAAACAUUGCAGACUUGACACGAGCUGUCAACGCCCUUCCAAGGAACAUGACUUCUCAGAUGUUCAAUGCCAUUGCUGCAGUCACAGGCCAAGGCCAGAACCCCAACACCACCCCUGCACAGUGGGGCUCCAGCCAGUACGGAUACAGUGGGAGCACAGGGGGCGGAGGAGGGAGCUCCUCUGCUUAUCACGUAUUCGCUACGCCCCAGCAGCCCAUUGCAACCCCAUUGAUGACACCCAGCUACUCCUACACGACGCCGAGCCAGCAGGCCCUGGGGACACCGCAGUACCCGGGCUCCACCCCGCAGUCUUCCCACUCACACGCACACCCACACCUGCACCACCACGGCCACCACGGCCAUCACAGCAGCCAUCAUGGCCACGCGUCGGGCACGCCAUCCUCCACAUCAUCCCGAGGCCGGACGCCGCAGCAGCAGCAGCAGCAGCAGCAGCAGCCGCAGCCACCGCAGCAGCAGCAGCCACCGCAGCAGCAGCCAAAGCCGAGCAGCAGCAGCAGCACCAGUGGUGGCGGGGGCGUCGGCAGCAGCAACAGCAACAACACCUCCUCCUCUGCAGUGGACUGGGGUAAGAUGGCUGAGCAGUGGCUGAAGGAGAAGGAAGCAGAGGGUCGGAAGAAGACCCAGAGGAUGACGCCGCGCCCGUCGCCCAGCCCCAUGAUCGAGAGCACACCCAUGUCUCACGCCGGAGACGCCACACCCUUGCUGGAUGAAAUGGACCGAUAGGACACAGAGGGGGGCGUUGCUACACCCCCACCACCCCCCCGACUUCUUCAUUUGUAACUGCAAUAGCGUUUGGUCGUUUGUUUCUCCCUCAUCCCAUCAAACUCUUCAUCAGGCUGGCCAGCAGCUGAAGCCCACUCCAUCCAGUCCAUUGUCCAUUUAUUAGUUUUUCCUCGUUUCCCGGUGCUGCAGCUGCAGCAGUCAGUCUGGUGUGAAAGUUCCUCUCAACUCCUUUCUCCUGUCCUGUCUGCCCACCUCAUACAUCUCAUAAGUGUUUUAUAUCCUCACCUUUGGCCAACCCACUCUAGCUGCUUAGUAUUUUGUACAGUCAGAAUAACACUGUGUAUAUAUCAUUCAGGAACGCAGUACAAUAACAAAACCAUACUUGAAAUAUCAGUUACGUGAUAGGAUAUGGACCUAAACAGACACUGACAGGUGAGCUGUCCUGACUUAUGUUUUUGCAUUUUAUUUUGGUUCGAUCCCUGGAGGGUUUUGACAGAAGGGAACAGUGCUUCCCUCCAUUGUGGUUGGUGGCGUUUUGAAAGCAGUUGCCAAAAGAACAUUUUGCCAAGCGAGUCAGGAAAUUUAAUUUUUGUAUGGAAUGCAUCAGAUUGAAUAAAGACUUCUUUUUUUUUUUGGUUUGUUUCCCCCCCUCCCCCUGUUUGAUCCUUAAGUCUUCUCUUCACAUCGUUCAAAGCAAACACAAAUGUAACUGUACAGACACUUGCACAGUGAAAGAGGGAUUUAAAAAGAGAGCUUUGUCAAACAUAGUUUACUGCUAAUUGUUUCCACCACAUGUUGUAUUACGAUCAGAUGACUGUUUUGGCUUCUGUAGAUAGCCUCUAAUGUAUUGUUGACUGUGGCCUGUACUAUGUGGACAUGAAAAACAUGCCAUGUUCGAUACAGCGAUCGUUUUGGAAGACCUUGAGCAUAAAUGCAAGGCAGCAAAGAAGAGUGUAGUUCAUAUUUUAAAAUUGUGAUGUUAAGAUCGAGAAAAAUUGCAGCUGUUUGAAAGUUUGUCAAACAUCGAUGGUAGUCUUGUCAGAUUAUUUUUUUUUUCUUUUAAUCUAUUGUAUUUUAAGUGUUGACAGUUCAGUGAUUAUUUCACUCUUGACAUUUGGUUUGCCAUGAUCAUACACCACUGCAUCCAUCUCCCACAGAAAUCCACUGAGGUUUUACGCAGUUCCAAAAGUAAAAUUGCAAUGUUUUAGUGGAUGAGCUCAAGAUUUUCCAACAAUAACACUAUCAGCUUCAGAUCCUGUCACACAGACAUCUUCCCACUCCUUUCAUAUUUCUAGCCGUAACACUCUGAGCUGCAUGCAGUUAAGUAGAAUGACUAUAAUAAAAAUACAUUUUAUGAUUGUCAUUUGGCAGCGUCAUGCCGCUCUGCACCCUCUUGACUCGUGCAUCCAGUUCAGUUUUUGCUGCGUGUGUAUCACAGUACAAGCAGGCAGUGCUGGGGUUUAAUAGUGUGCUUUAAUUUGCAGUGUGCAAAGUAUGGUCCCAUAAAAUGCAUCUUUUUUUAAUGUUAUUUCUCUUGUGUAAACGAUGGGUUUGACUUCUCCUGCCAGGUGAAGACACUGCACCUGUCUCAGAGAGAAUGAUUGGUUGUCAGCAGCAGUCGGUGAUGGUGGAGCGAUGCUGAUGACCUUUUCUAACUGUGAUCCCUUUAAUAAAAGUGUUCUUAGUAA